AUGGAAGGCCCCAACAUCACAGGCAUCUAUGAGUUUCUCCUCCUGGGCUUCUCCGAAGACCCCAAGCAACAGCAGCUGCUCUUCCUCCUCUUCCUGACCAUGUACCUGACCGCAGUGCUCGGGAACUUGCUCAUCAUGCUGGCCAUCACCACCGACACCCGGCUCCACACCCCCAUGUACUUCUUCCUCGCCAACCUGGCCUUGGUGGAUGUUUGCUUCACCUCCACCACCAUCCCCAAGAUGCUGGCCAACCACGUGUCUGGACGCAGAGGGAUCCCCUAUGCUGGCUGCCUGAUCCAGGUGUUCUUCUUCAUUUGGUUUGCCGGCAUUGACAGCUUUCUGCUGACUGCCAUGGCCUAUGACCGCUACGCGGCCAUCUGCCACCCCCUGCAUUACACCACGUCCGUGACGCCACGACUCUGUGGCCUCCUGGUGGCUACAUCCUGGACCACAGCCUUCAGCAACGCCCUCACCCAUGCAGUGCUCUUGACCCGCCUCUCCUUCUGCACCCACAACCGCAUCCCCCAUUUCUUCUGCGACCUCAGCCCACUGCUGAAGCUGGCUUGCUCUGACACCUUUCUCAACAACGUGAUGGUUUACACUGUGGGCGCCCUGCCCAUCAUCACCCCCUUCGCGGGCAUCUUGGUCUCCUACACGCACAUCUUUGCCGCUGUGCUGAGGAUUCCAUCUGCAGGAGGGAAGCGGAAGGUAUUCUCCACUUGUGGCUCCCACCUCUCUGUGGUAUUCCUGUUCUAUGGGACACUCAUUGGGGUUUAUUUCAACCCCAUGUCCUCCCACACGGCCCAGAAGGACACAGUUGCGGCAGUGAUGUACACCAUGGUCACCCCCAUGCUGAACCCCUUCAUCUACAGUCUACGGAAUAAAGACAUGAAGGGGGCCCUGGGGGCUGUCCUCAGCAGGAAGCUGGUUUUCAUUCGGUGA